AUGAGUUCUCAAAACCAGGGUAAGGAAGAGCCGGGGGCCUGCGUGGGGGACAUCAAGACAGAGUUGGGGGAACUCGAGUAUCAGGGUGAAGCCUGCAGAGUGUGCUAUCUGGGGACUGGACUUCCAUAUGGGGCAAGAAUUGGGAUAUGGUGUCUUGUAACUAGGCAAGGGGCUCAGGAUUUGGGACAAACACAAGAGUAUUUAGGACCUGAGGAUCAAGAACCAACAGCAUACUGGGAGCCUUCUCACAAGCGUUCCUGCUGUGCAAGACGGGGGACACAGCUCAUGCUGGUGGGGUUGCUGAGUACAGCAAUGUGGGCGGCCGUGCUGACCCUGCUUCUUCUGUGGCACUGGGAAACGGAGAAGAAUCUGAAACUGCUGGGAGCUGCCGCCGUACAGAAUGUCUCUCAUGUUUCCAAGGACUUACAAAGAUACCAGAGUAAUCAGUUGGCCCAGAAAUCCCAGGCUGCUCAGAUGUCACAAAGCAUGCAGGAGCUCCAAACAGAACAGAAGCAAAUGAAAACUCAGGAUUCUGAACUCUCCCAGAACCUGAACAGACUCCAGGAGGAUCUAACCAAUAUCAAAUCCCAGAACUCUGAACUCUCCCAGAACCUGAACAGACUCCUAGAGGAUCUAAUCAACAUCAAAUCCCAGAGCUUGAAUGAGAAGCGCACAGCCUCAGAUUCUCUGGAGAAACUCCAGGAAGAGGUGGCAAAGCUGAGGAUAGAGAUGCUAAUAUCAAAGGGAGUUGCAUGCAGCACGUGUCCCAAAAACUGGCUCCAUUUCCAACAGAAGUGCUACUAUUUUGGCAGUGGCUCCAAGCGAUGGAUCCAGGCCCGAUUCACCUGCAGUGACCUAAAAGGGCGGCUAGUCAGCAUUCACAGCCAGGAGGAGCAGGACUUCCUGAUGAAACACACCAACAAGAAGGAUUCCUGGAUUGGCCUCCGGGAUCUCAAUGUGGAGGGAGAGUUCAUAUGGAUGGAUGGAAGCCCUGUGAGCUACAGCAACUGGAGUCCCGGGGAGCCCAACAACACAGGGCAGGGUGAAGACUGCGUAAUGAUGCGGGGAUCCGGCCAGUGGAACGAUGCCUUCUGUCACAGCUUCCUGGAAGCCUGGGUGUGUGAGCAGCGGGCCACAUGCGAGGAUUCUGCCCCUUUAGCAUCUGAGAGUCCAACAGGACCCACUACUCCAAAAGCCGAACCCUGACCAACCUCUGCCCACUCUUCUGGAUUUCUCUCCCAUCAUGGAAAGCGCCAGGCCCUGAGGACCCCCUAUCAAGGCCUGAACCCCUCUAUGUGACUGAAGGACUCCAUGAUUAUGCUCCCAUCCAUACUGAAGCAGCUGGUAGAUGCCAGCUCCCCACAAAGCUUCUUCUGCUGACCUAAGCUGACCAUCCCAUUCCCUCUGCCUCCCUCGACCACAGCCCAUCAUGCAGCAUGUAUGUGGGCGGCUGAACCAUCCAGGGAGCUGAGGACAGAUUUCUCAGGAGGCUUCCUACCCCUCCUAUCAAGUUUUCCCCUUCUUCCCACUCUCUGCAACACAGAAUGGAGGUCCCUCUCCCCAGGGUCUGGGAGUGAAUGCUCCCCCACCAAGCUUGAAUCAUCAGUGAGAAAGAUCAUGGCUGGUCCCCAGCAUCCCUCCCCUCCUUGGAGGCUGCGUCCGGUGUGUCCAGGUGUGGCAGGUAGAAGCUGACAGUUUCAGAGACUUGAUGUCCACGAGCCUCUUUGAGAAUGCAGUGCACCUGACAUGGAAUUACACCUUGUGUAUCUUGGCUGUUUCUUUUCUUACGUUACUAAAGUGACGUGCUAGGGAGGGGUGGGAGCGCGGCUCAGAAGCACAGGAUCCUUAGCCAGGUGCGCUCAUUACUUGCUUAUAAUCCAAGUAAGCUUGGAACUGUGGCUUUGGGCCAGCCUGGUCAAAUCAGUGAGACCCAAA